ACCUAACCUCUCUUUCAAAUGUCAAUGUUUACAAUAUUUUCUUUAAUUAUAAAUGUUUAAACUAAAGAUAGACUACGAAAUUAAUAAGAGUACUGUAUUAAUACUCAGGAAAUAGUGUAAUACAUUCGAUAGCACUUUCCAUUUCUUUUAAAAGUCUGAUUUCGACAACAUAACCUCCCGUUUUUGUAUUUUGAAACUUAUUUAAUACAAAAUGCAGUCAGAAAUAGUGGAAAAUACUUUAGCAGAAAUUUGUUGUGCAUGUUUAACUACAAAUAUUCAUUUAACAAAAACUGCUGACUCCGAUACCAAUAACAUAGACACUCUUACAAAGUUAAGAUUCUGCAUCCCAGAAGUAACCUGGACAAAGGGUUACAUAUGUGACCAUUGUUUAAGCACUUUGAAUCAGAGCUACUUAUUCAAGGAACUUUGUAUAAAGUCUAAUCAGUCUCUUUUCCUAAAGGAUUGCCAGGUAUUAGUCAAAACCGAAAAAGAAGAAAAUCGUGUAAGUGAUCAUUUAUUGGAAGCAAAUGCACUUGGAUAUGAUGAUGAUUUAAAGCAUAGCAACGACAGUGUUUGUGACAGAGAUUACAGCUAUGACUGUAUUGAUAAUAAGCUUAUAAGAAGUCAUAGUCCUCCUGGCAUUUGCAAAUAUGCAAAUCAUCAAAAGAACAUAGAAGCAGUGCAGUUACAACAGCAACACAGUAGUAAGAAUUGUACUGAAGAAAUUUUCUUGAAUGAGGAAUCAAAUGAUUCAAAUGAUUCUUUACCUGUGAAAGCACCCACACAAAAAGGUAAAAGAAAAAGAAGUUUAACUUGUGAAAUCUGUAAUGAGUUUACAGGAGCUUAUAAGUCAUUGAUUGCCCAUGUAGCCAAUAUUCACAAUAUAGACCCCAAAACAAUAAGUCCUUACAAAUGUGAUCAGUGCAGCAUAAAGUAUAAAUCGUCAAUAGAGCUUGCUCAUCACAAAAUAAGCCAUUCUGUAAGAAAAAAACAAAGACCCCCGAAAAGGAGAAACUUCAGAUGCGAAAUAUGCUUCAAAAAGUUUCUAAGAAAAUGUCACCUAAAAAAUCACAUACUUGUCGUGCAUACUGACCAAAAUUUAUGGGAAUACACCUGUCCCUUCUGCAAUCAAAAGUAUGCCACAAAAUGGAACUACGACAGGCACAUUCGUAAUCACACAGGGGAGAAACCAUUUGUCUGUCACCUGUGUGACCAAAAAUUUAAAGAGAAGAGAAUCCUUCAAAAUCACUUUAUAACGCAUUCAAACGUGCGCAACUUCAAAUGUGAAUAUUGUAAUAAUGAAUACAAGAUGAAAUACACUUUGAAGAUCCACCUAAAAAAGGCUCAUAAUAUUGGAGACGCUAAAAUACCUACAGUAUCUAAGAAUUAUAGUUGCGAGAUUUGUUUGAAAACCUUUUCAGCAAAAUGCAAACUGCGAGUACACAUGAAGACGCACACUGGGGAGUUUCCCUAUUCUUGUCAUGUUUGUGAAAGAAAAUUUAAGAAUCAAUCAUACAUUAAACAUCAUUUAAAAGUUGCACAUAACAUUAAUUUGGAAGAAGUUUCAUGAAUUAAUUUUAUCGUUUUAACAAAUUAUUUAAAUUCGUUAUAAAGUUUAACUUUGACUAAUAAGUAAUAUAGUU